AUGGUUCUCGAAAGUUUAAAUGCCUGGGUAGUUUUUGUAAUUAAUCGUCCUUUCGACUCAGAAGCCCUCAAUGUUGACAGCUUUUUACUGCGAACCACUAGCCCACUACCUUCUAAGCAAAAUAAUAAUAAAGAUCAGCCACCUCGAGAACCACAGGCGCAAAAGGAAAAGCUCGUUAAAUUAUCUAGGUUCACGACAACAUAUAUUGCAUUACCAUCUCAUGCAGACUCUCGAGGACUUGUUCCCGGAGGUGUUGUAUUAAGUUGGAUCGACUUAACUGCUGGAACGUCUGCAAAAAGGCAUUCUGUAUCCCACUGUGUUACAAGAAGCUUUGAUGCUGUACAUUUUAUGCAUCCGAUCAGAGUUGGCGAUUUAAUUAUAAUUGUGUCAAGCGUAAACAAGUCAUGGAAUACUUCAAUGGAGGUUGGUGUACGUGUAGAAACGGAACAUCCAAUAACCGGAAAGCGGAAAUAUUGCUGUCAAGCAUAUUUAACAUUUGUUGCUCUCAGUUCUGAAAAUUCGAGGAUUCAAAUAACUACAAGAUCACCGAGUUCUACUGUAACUGUACCUCAAAUUUUACCAAGUACAGCCAUUGAAGCACAUCGCUACGAAUUAGCUGAACAACGUCGUCAAACACGUAUAUCUCACUCAAAAGAGGCACAAAUAGAACGAGAUAAAUUGACUAAAGUACGAGAAGUAAUGCGAGAAUGGGCAGAUCACUUGAAUAUGGAAACAAUGAGUAAUGCUGAGAUACCACCUCUUUUACAAGAACCAGAUGCUUACGAAGAACGGGACGAUAAUUCCGACAAUGAUCCUGCAAGAUUAUAUCUUCACAGGAGAAGAUCAACAUUGCAAGGUGUCUUACCGGCGCAACCAGAUGAAAGGUUGGUGUCUGAGAGUUUUGCGGAAAUAGCGGAUAUUAUUUUACCACAGCAUGCCAAUACAUUGCAGAUUACAUUUGGUGGUCACAUUAUAGAAUUAAUGGAACAAUGCGCUCUUGUCAGUGCUUAUAAACAUUCCAGAAGAUAUUUAUUAUUAGCGAGUAUCGACUCUCUUCAAUUUAUUAGACCAACUUAUGUUGGUGAUUGUGUAACUGUACGUUCUAUCGUGUCCUGCACAUUCCAUUCAAGUUUAGAAAUAUAUGUAUCUGUUGAGGCUGAAAAUCUCUUAACGGGUGAAAGGUUCUUUACUAAUGAUGGGUUCUUCACAAUAGUUGCUGUCGAUUUUUCAAACCAACCAUCCCCUGUUCCACACAUUAAACCAGAUCAACCACAAGUGGUUGAGUUAUUUGAAGGCGCAAAAGCGCGGAGAAAUCGUCGACUUCUGCAACGUAAAGAAAUAAUACAAAAAGAAUUGUCUACGCAUCCUGAAGAAUUUGAACAG